AUAUAUAGGCUACAGUCGAGCCGAAUCUCUCACAGUUCAACGACGAUCCUGACAAGUGACACAUCGAAAUGGAUACGACCACAAGCCCACAAGUGUUCCAGUCCAGCUUCUCCAUCCGCUCGCUGCUCUCGGAGAAGGGCGAGGAAUACUGCCACCAGCCGUCCAGCCCCAGCCAUUCGUGCAACAGCUCCGAGGAGGCCUCCUCCGAUGAGAGCCACACCCACUCGAACUCGCACUCGUCCAGCGGCAGUGUCACCACCAGCCCCACAAUAGGCGGUGACAAGGAGGCCAGCAAGCCGGCCUUCACCUACAGCGCCCUCAUCGUGAUGGCCAUCCGCAGCAGCCCAGAGAAGCGACUGACCCUCAGUGGGAUCUGCAAGUGGAUAGCCGACAGCUUUGCCUACUACCAGAACCACAAGAGCGUCUGGCAGAACUCCAUCCGGCACAACCUCAGCCUGAAUCCGUGCUUUGUGCGGGUGCCGCGUGCCCUGGACGAUCCCGGACGGGGCCACUACUGGGCACUGGAUCCCUAUGCCGAGGAUCUGACUAUUGGCGAGACUACGGGUCGCCUGCGACGCAGCCACACAGCCUCAGCCGGCCAGCAUCUACUAGGACGCUCCAAGGCGGCCCAUCCCUACCAGCAGCAGAUGCAGCUCUAUGCCCACUCCAUGUUCAAGCCGCAUGCCGCCUACUUUCCCAUUGCAGACACGGCACGGCAGCAGCACCAGCAGCAGCAGCAUCAUACGAUCAUGAUGCAGAACUACCAUCAGGCAACGGCAACUGCAGCAGCGGCACUGGCCCAGGCCCAGGCACAGGCACAGGCACAGCAGGCGCAUCGACAGCAGACGACGCUAUCAUCGCACUUCCAUCAGCAGCAGCAGCAGCAGCAUCAUCAUCAUCAUCGACCUGGUAACAGCAAUUACUACCAGCGACAUCACCAGCAGCAACAGCAACAACAGCGGCAACACAAUUAUUACUUGCAACAGCAACAGCAACAUCAUCAGUUGCAGCAGGAGCAAUAUCCAAGUACUUAUGCCGACAAGUGGAUGCGACAACCCAUUGAAUGCUUGUGGCGUUAGACCCAGGGAGAAUAUCCUACAACAUAUUCCCAAUUAAUGCCUUCGAUUGACACCAACUCUCAAGCUUUCCCCCUGGCGUAGAACGCAACAGCAGCAGAAGAAACAUCAAUGACUAAACAACAACUUCCCUGUAUAGUAGAUCCCACUUACAAUAUACGGGAACAAUUAGGAACUACAGUCCAACAGUAUUGCCUUUUUAAAGAGUCACAAUUUGGAGCCACAGUGAAACAGUAUUUAAUGCUUCUUUUUUUUACAACUAUUAAAUAUAUAGAUCCUAAGUUUGACCUAAUAAUACAUACAUAUACAUUUA